UCUUACCUAAUAUCAUAACUUUGUUAACACUUUUGGAUGCUCUCUUCCAUGGAGGGAUGCCAGAAGAGGCUCAUGAAGUAGUUGAGGCCAAAGUUAAAUAUGGUAUGGAGCUGAGCAAAAUAACUUGCAGUAUGCUAAUUGAUGAUUAUUGUUUUCGUGGCAAAAUGGAUAAGGCAAAGAAGGUCAUUGAUUUAAUGGUGAUAAAAGAUAAUGUCCCUGAUAUUGCUUCUUGCUACAAAUCCUUGGUCAACGGCUAUAUGCAAGCUAAAAGGAUAGGUGAAGCUUUGAGGCUCGUUGAGGAAAUGAUCGAACAAGGGGUGAUGCUUGAUGUGGAAACCCUAAAAGCUUUGAGAGGUUUGCGUCCUAAAAAGGAAUAGGAGGGCCGUGUAGCGGAAUAGAAUGGAUGUUACCAAUCCAAAUAUCCAGACCCGCUUUCCAUUGACGUUUGCUGUUCAAACUGCAGCUUCUCACUCACUUAUUCAAUUUAUUGGUUUGUCUUCUAAGGGCCUGUUUGGGAGUGCUUCUGAAAGGGCCAAAAGCGCUUUCUAAUAACUAAAAACGCUUC